UUUUUAGCUAAAAUAUUCAGGUUUGUGUGAAUGAAUGAAAAAACUCUUAACACAUCGGGAACAUCUUUUCCUGGAUUUUUGUGGAAUUCUACCUGCUAACUCUUAGGGAGUCAUGAGAAAAACACAACAUUUCUCUGUUUCUGAUAGGUUUGCGCUUAUUUAAAUGAUGUAAAUAAGUUUGCUUGAAUGUUGUUUCUGGAAACUGGAGAUGGUGCUUGGUUUAAUCCCAGCCUCCCCCCAUCACCACGCCUCCUCUGACAGGUGGUAGCAGGAGGCUCCGCCCCCUCUGAUCCUCUCUCCUGAGCUCCUUGCAGACCUGUCAGCACUCACACCAGCAACACACUGUGCAGGCAUGCUGGCCCUGGUGGCUGCCGGCUCCAUUGUCUUCCCCGGGCUCUUCCUCGCGUCCAGGCAGACUCUGAAGCUCCUGAUGGGAUGGAGCGAGGGUGACGCCGUGGUCGUGUCCGCACGUCUGGUGUCUUCCCUCCAGGCUGUCAUGGCCUCGUCAGCCGGAUGUAUCAUCGCCUCGUCCUGCAAGGACGUCAUGGAGGACAGACACUGGCUGACCGACGCCUACAUCCUGUUCGCUACGCCGUACUUCGCCUACGACAUCUACGCCAUGUUUCUGUGCUACUGGCAUAAGAUGCAGGUCAAAGGUCACCAGGAGGAGGGGCAUGGUGGCUCCAUGCGAGCGGCGGUGUUGGGUUACCUGCGCAGGGAGGUCCUCAUGGUGCUGCAUCACGUCUUCAUGGUGGCCUUCUGCUUCCCUGCUUCUCUGCUGUGGCGGCAGGGUAAAGGUGAUUACUUCCAGGGUGUCUUGUUUCUGGCUGAGCUCAGCACGCCGUCCGUCUGUCUGGGGAAAGUCCUGAUCCAGUACAACAAACAACACACUCUGCUGCACAAAGUCAACGGUGUGAUGAUGAUGAUCACCUUCUUCAGCUGCCGGGUGCUGCUCUUCCCCUACCUGUACUACGCCUACAGCAGGUACGCAUCAAUCCCCUUGUACAUGGUUCCCCUUGUGGCCCCGUGGCAGUGCAACCUGGGGGCUGCUCUGCUGUGGCCCCUGCAGAUUUACUGGUUCACUCUGAUCUGCAGAGGAGCUCUGCGGCAGUCCAGACGACACUCGAACGCACCACCGGAGAUUCUGAAAGAUAAUAACCUGAUAGACAGACACUGAGGGAGGAAGAGGAGGAUUCAUCUCUGAGAAGAGGCGGGGCCAGGAUGAAGGUUUCGCCUCAUCAUGAAACUGUGUGAACAAGCUGCAAAAUUCAGCAGGUUAACACAACCCAGAAACUCUCAAGUUCUGGCUUCCUUUGACUUUCUGCUCAAAAUGAGCUCAACCAGGUCCGAGGAGAAGAUCCCGUUCAGCUACAUGACUGAAGCUGUAAGAGCAGACUGUAGGCCGGGUUCUGCCCCGUUCUGGAUAUCUAAAAGUUCUCGUCACCUCCCUGAACACGUAAACAUGCCUCCUGCUGACCUGCCGCUUCAUGCUGUUUAACAAGCUGCAGUAUUUUUAAACAGACUUUUUAAAUCAUCAGUUUAAUUAAA